AUGGAUGAAACGCGUCCAAGCAUGCUUUUCGGCACGCGCGACAUACUUGUAGAGCAUCAACGAGGCAUGACGGUUCUUGGUUAUCCCGUUUUCUCGCCCAACUUGCUUAUUAGAGGAGUGGACCCUCCGCAGUUCCAGCUGAUAGGCCCUGAUGGAGAAUCAGUAGAGAAGGGUGAGAUCAAGGCCGGUGCUGGAAUGUGGCCGCUGGAUCUGAAUUCUCGGUCCGGCGAUUUCAAGUGGUUUGUGUCAAUGGACCAUGCAAACAGGUACGAGACUGACGACCAAGGCUGGAGCUACGGCUGGCGGUUUCGAAGCAAACGCUGGAAAGCCAGUAACGGGUUUGUGAGGAAGCGGUUCUGGGUCCGCCUGAGAGAAAGAACCCGAGAGCUAACUCCUGCCGAGCCCGAACUUUCCGAUCUCGAGUGUGGGACCAACCCACACGUAGAUGAAGGCUCCACAACUGCUGAAUCCGAGCAUAGCUCAAUUCAUAGCCAGUCAAGCUUCUCCCUACUGCUCCAAGAGCUCUCGAAACCCAGUCUGGAUCGCCAGAAAGCUGAUCGGGUGCUCCUUUAUAUAUCUCAACUGCCGUCCUCCAACAGACAAGAAUUUCUGGAGCCCAAUUCCUCGGCGUUGAGACAAAUCCUCGAGCGGUUUCAGUUUGACGAAAGCCGAAGGAAACUUGUUGAUGUUCAAAUUCGCGGCAUAGUAUGA